AUGUCAAAUCCUAAGAAAAACGCUUCUAUUGUUUGGAAGCACUUUCGAAGGGACCCAAAUACUCCUGAUGUGGCCACUUGUUCGAUUUGUAAUAACAAGUACAAAAGAUCUAACGGCACAACCAACUUAUUAGACCAUUUGAAACGUAAACAUUUUACUGUAUUAUGCCGUGAUGAGUUACAACACACUGAGACUGAACAGAUUGAAGAAGAUAGAAAUCAACCUGGAACAUCAGGGGAACGACAAUCUACAGGUGUUUUGUCUCCUUGUAAUAAUCCAGUUAUGGCAGUAACCAGUGUUGUUAAACCAGUAUUAAAGAGGCAAAAACAACUUUUAUUGUCUAAUAGAUUUGGUACACCAUCGGAAAAUCAAGUUAGAGCGUUCCAUGAAGCUAUUGUGAAGAUGAUAGCUGAAGACCUUCAGCCUCUUUCGAUUGUUGAAAAUUCAGGAUUUCGUAGUAUGAUACAGCUUUUGGACCCCAGGUAUGAAAUUCCCAGUAGGAGAUCCCUUGGAAGAACAAUAAUACCUAGAAUAUUUUCAACAGUCCAAAGUAAAGUUGAAGCUUUGUUAAAUGAAGCAAGACAUGUAGCUAUCACAACCGACAUUUGGACGUCAAUGAAUACAGAUUCAUAUCUGACUAUGACCGUUCACUUUCUAAGUCAAACCCAACUGAAAACUUUAGUGUUAUGCACAAAAAAAUUAGACUGUAAUCAUACUGGUGCAAAUAUUUGUGAAAUUAUGCGCGAAGAAUUAAAUAAGUGGAAUAUUUUUGAAAAAGUUGUCGCAGUGGUAACGGAUGGUGGAGCAAAUAUUAAAUCUGCAGUCAGGCAUAUGGGACUGUCACAUUUACCGUGUACUGCGCAUAAAUUAAAUUUAAUAGUUCAAAAAGCAUUAGAAUUGUCAGAUAAUGAAGAGAUUGGACCAGAUGACAAUACUGAUGAAAGUGAUCUAAAAAAAAUAUUUAAGAAGUGUCGUAACAUAGUUGGUUUUUUUAAGCGAAGUGAAGUGGGUAACAGAAUGUUAGUCGAAAAACAGAAGCAACUUGGAAACGAAACGGUCCUUAAAUUAAAACAAGAUGUACGUACUCGCUGGAACAGCACAUUUCUCAUGUUAGAACGGCUAAUUAAACUUAAAGAACCACUCACCAUAGUGAUGAUGACUUUAAAAGGAGCUCCAACUAAUCUCAGCUCCGAAGAAUGGAAUAUAAUUGAGGAUAUGAUACCAUUACUAAGACCAUUUGAUAAGUUAACUGUUGAGCUCUCUGCAGAACAUUAUCCGAUGAUUUCAAUGGUUAUACCAUUAAUACGAGGUCUGCAAAGUUCAUUAGCAUCAAAAAAUCCCAAUACCCAACUUGGAAUAUUUAUUAAAAAUAGAUUAAUGGAAAAUACUACCAAGCGUUUCGAUAGCCUAGAAGAACAAACUUUAACACCACAUUUUUCUAGGGCUACAUUGUUGGAUCCGAGGUGCAAAAAGGUUGUGUUUGGGUUGGAAGUAAAUGCUAAAGAAGCAGAAACAUGCUUAGUUUCUGAAACAGCUGCUUUAAUUAGUAAUGUUUCAAACACUGAACAAACUACCCAUACGUCUGAAGUAAAUCUUGACACCGAUGGCGACAAUGUGUGGAAUUUCCUCUAUUCUAGAGUUUCAAAUGUCCAGUCUCAGACAACGAGUAGAAGUAGUGCUACAUCCUUAAUGAGGCAAUACUUAAGUAUGCCUCAUCAAGACUUGAAGUGCAAUGUGGCUGAAUUUUGGAAUGACCACAAGACUGUGUUAGCUCCACUAAGUGAUAUAGCAUUAAAAUAUAUUAUAAUUCCAGCAACCUCAGUGCCAGCAGAGAGAAUUUUUUCCAAAGCAGGGCAAAUAUUAAGCGCUCGGCGCAAUAGGUUAUUACCCAAAAAUGUAGAUCAAUUAAUUUUUUUAAACAAAAAUAUUAUGUAA